GCAGUGCAUGUGCUGACACCACCGUACUCUGAGGGCCCCACACUGAACUGUUUUUAUAAUUAACAUUAUUGUGAACUGUUAUUAUUCAUACUAAACCUUGUUUCUCGAAAGUUUUUCCAGUUAACACUACUGUAUAACUUAAGUGUAACUCGACGCGCAUGCAUCUUUAAAGAAAACUGCCUUAAUAUUUAUAAGACAUUUCAAUCAUUGCUAAAGUCACGUAAGCCGAACAAGCUACUGCCUUUGUAACCUUGAUCGACGCUUCAUCAUUACAUCAAACUAAAUAAAUAGCGGUUUAAAAACGGAAGAUACCUUCAAGGAGUGGGACAGGAAAUGGUCAUGGAGGCAUCCCCCUCGCCCCAGUCUGUCGGCCGCGAGUUUGUCCGACAAUACUAUACCUUGCUCAACAAGGCACCUUCCCAUUUGCAUAGGUUUUACAAUAAUCACUCGUCAUUUGUCCACGGUGGAUUGGAUGCUCCAAACAGAGAAACAAAUCCAGCAAUUGGCCAGAAGCAAAUUCAUCAAAAAAUACAACAAUUGAACUUUCGCGACUGUCAUGCCAAGAUCAGUCAAGUCGACUCACAGGCAACGCUUGGCAAUGGUGUUGUUGUGCAGGUGACGGGAGAAUUGUCCAAUGCAGGUCAGCCGAUGCGACGCUUCACACAGACGUUUGUUUUGGCAGCGCAAGCACCGAAGAAAUACUAUGUUCAUAACGAUAUUUUCCGCUAUCAAGACCUUGGCUUUCCCGAUGAAGAAGAAGGAGAUGUCGAGGGAGGUGAUGGAGGUAUAGGUGAAGGUGUCUGUGAGCGAGAACCUGAAGAAGGAGUGCGUUCGGAACCAGAGGAAGAUGAGCAAUCCAAUCAAGGUCAUCAAUUAUCUUCUGCAACUGCGCCUCCAGAGCAACAAAUACCACCUUCUCUCAUUCCAAGUCAACAGCCACAACUACAACAGCAACAACAUGUCUAUUAUGCGCCACAGCCCCAACAACCAGGGCAUCCGGUCAUGCAACCAGUGGCAAUUAAUGGUUCUGUUCAUGAUGAAACUCCACUGAUCAAUCAACAACAUGUCCACACGUACAUUUCUGAACCCACCACUCAGGAACAAUUUGUUCAGGAACCAGAACCAGAAGUGGUUCCUGAACAACAACAGCAACAACAACAGCAACAACAACAGCAGCAGCAGCAGCAGCAGCAACAACAGCAACAACAGCAACCGCAGCAGCAGCAGCAACAACAGGUGGAAGAGGAAAUUCAAAUUCCAAAUGAGGAAGCUCAAGAACAGCCGGAGGUAGAACUGGAACAGCAUUCUAUUUCGGAGUCACAACCAGAAGUUUCAGUGCCGAUUACAAGCACCAAUAACAGUGGUCCUAAAACCUAUGCGACUUCGGUAAAAUCUUUUGCUACUGCAACCGGAUCAACCAGCCCCCAAGCACCAAAGCCUUCUAUUUCACCUCCACCUAUCACGCAUCAACGUCUCGAAGCACGUGUACCUGUAACAGCAACAAAUUCUGGACCUAUUCUCUCCACUCCUUCGACCGUUGGUUCUACACAGCAACAGGUACACAGAGGAAUAGGAGGAAACCAGCAACAACAGCAACGAGCACCGCGAGGAGGGCCAGUUCAACGAGGUAUGGGCAGGGGACCCCCCCGCUCUCCCUUCCCUUCCGAUGACAAUGGCUGGGAUGGUGAUCGUCGUGGUGGUCGUCAAGUUCAAUACAGUGAUUCACUCCAAUUAUUUUUGGGUAAUUUGCCAUUGGAUGCAUCAGAAGAUCAACUGCGACAGCUAUUUGAACAAUACGGUCCAGUUGCUGAUCUACGUGUUCACAGUAAACAAAAUGAAAGAGGAAAGGCACCUCACGGAGCAUCCAAUGCCAACAGAGUACCUAACUAUGGAUUUAUCACAUUUGAGGAUCAUCAAUCCGUUGCAAACGUCCUCCACAGCUUGCCAAUCCACUUCCCCGAUGAAAAUCGUACGAAGUUAAACAUUGAAGAGAAGAAAGUCAGACCACGAAUGUCAAUGGAAGGAGGUGGGGGUAGGACAUCAACUGGAGACGGUUCAGUACGUCCUAUGGGAGGUCAACAGCAACGUGGGUCAGGAGGUCCGGGUGGCGUGAUGAGAGGUAGCGGACAACCAGGUACACGAGGUGGACGUGGAAGUUUCACACGUGGAGGAGACGGUGGCCGAGGGGGUGGCAUGCGGCAGCCAGGCAAUCACAACUAUCAGAAUCGUCGUUAAUUGUUCGAAUGCUGGACUGUUGUCUACAAAGAGGGAUCUGGCGUGGACAUGGAUUGACAGCUGAUUAACUGGAGACUGUUGGAAACCACUAAACAAAAAAAAGAAACAAAAUUAUAAUGAUAACAAGUUGCUGCAAUUUUAAGGCUGAGAGUGAAUAAAGGAAACAGUUCUGCGUUCUUACUGAAAAAUUAGGUCCUAAUGGACCGAUUUUAUUAUUAUCGUCAUUACCAUUAUUAGAGAUAUCAUUGACUUGCGUAUAACUGUAAUGAAAUGACACGAUACAGAGAAUGAUUAGGCACACACAUUGAUAAUAAUUGAACAUACAAACAUUCAGUGAGUAUCGUACUAAAUUGUGAAUAAUUCCACACUAAGAAUUGGAAAUAUUUUUUACCGUACAUAUUUCUACGAGAUCAAUAUGAAAUUAGGUCUUUAAUGAAUUCAUGACUUCGUGAAAGUAUACUUUAUUUGCUUUGCCAUUUAGGUGAACAUACAUAUACAUACACAUACAUACCCGAAUAACUAAUACAUUACAACACCAUCGCUAACCAAAGGCAUCUCACCUAAAGUGAAGAUGAACCGUAUAUUUGCAUCAUGAACCAGUUGCAUCAAUACUCGAUUAAGAUCAAUCGUUGAAUGAGAAAAAUACCGAAUAAAAAAAUUAUUAUUUUUAAUCACAAAUUACGGUCUAACCGACGUUAUCUAUCAGACGCCUAAAAUAUAAAUGGCAAAAGGUAUUCUUCUCAGUAGCAGGGGCUGAAAAAUGAGCAUCGAAUUAUUAAAGGCUGUAUUCAUCGGUAUUUUCUUUCCAAUGAUUUUUCCAAUAAUUGUCAUAUUACUGUUGAUCCGUGCGAAGUGUAUACACAUACGUGUUGUGCUCUAAUAUUGUACUGAUAAAACAGUUUCACGUGUCUCAGAAGCGCUCGUAAGUCUGUUAAUUCCGUUUGGGGCUCAAAGCAUUUUCUUAAUUAAUUUUUUAGCACAUUUGAAUAGCGAAAGUAUGCUCAUUAAGGUAGUACAGUCUUGAGUUUGUGCCAAACGUUAAAAAACAUUCUCUAGUCACGUGAAACUGUCUCAUACUGCGGCACAAUGAAAUGUAUAAGUUUAACAAUUCUUUUCUGUUUGAUUAUAUAUAUACAAGCAUAUUAUACAUACAAUAUACCUAUAGUCAAAUUUGACGUAACUGUAGUUACUUCAUAUACAACAAUUGUAAACCGAUUUGUACAUUACGCUAAACAGUCUUACAUAAAAAAAAGCUAAACGAAUAAUCGCGUUCUAUUCUAUUCUGGUAAGUGAAAUGUUUUUGAUAAUAGAGAUGAAAAGUCAAAUUUAACGUAACUGUAGUUAUUUCAUAUACAAUAAUUGUAAACCGACUUGUACAUUACGCUAGACCGUCUUACAUAAAAAAAAUAGCUAAAACAAUAAUCGCGUUUUAUUCUAUACUGGUAAGUGGAAUGUUUUUGAUAAUAGGAAUGAAAGAAACUAGAAUAUUUUCUGUAUAUUAACAGAACGAUACAAAUGCAAAGUAUGUCCAUUAUCGGACAGUCUUGGGUUGGUGAUUUUUUUUUUCUUUCCUAAUCACGGUUGAACCGUGGGUGAGCUUAUUUACCACAAAGGACAAACCAGGGGUGUGGUUUAUAACAAUGUCUAGAUUUGAUCACCAUGAGAAGCAGUCUUAUAUCGAUGUUCUUAAAUUGCAACACUGUGACAUAAAAGCACUUGUAUGUAUUUCACCUACAUUUGCAAAUUUUUGGUGUGAAUGCUUUUGAAACAAAUUAAUGAUUUGAAUACACAUAUAAUUAUAAAUAUAGAGGAUGGCGUAAUUAAGUUGUGAAGUUUUUUUUUCUGAUUUUUUUCUCCGCCCCAAGAUUUAACGUACAUUCUUAUUUUCGGCAUCUAGGGCCGGUUUCUAUAUGUAUACAAACCCGUAGGCAUGUCGUCUCAACGUGUUGAAAAAAAAACAAACAAGUAAGAAAGAGGAUUAGUAAUGUUAAAAAAUAAACGUAAAAUUGAUUAUAAUAUUUUGCAUUUAGUAUAACAUACCUUGCUAUCAACUUACAAUAGUUUUAUUUGUAUAUUGUUGCUAAUUAAGGAAGAUUAAUGGGGGAGACAAGAUAAUUGACAAAAUUGACAAAAUCCAUUAAAUGUUAUUGAGUUGUCCGAUAGCUGUUUUCAGUUUUCAUAUAUGUAACUCAAUUAUACUUGAAAGAAAGUUUUUUACGUAUGUCUCUUUCAAUAAUCUACCGCACAUACAUACUACGUAUGCAUAGAUAAAGUAAGUAACAUUAAAAUUUUCAUCGCUAGCGCAAAAUCACUGCCGUGAUAACAAUAUCUAGACUUGGUACUCUUUCUGAUGUUCAGUUGGACACUAAGCCUUAAUAAUUGAUACGAGAAGUAUUCUGCAUGAUUUUCACACGUGUAUAAUAAUUGUAAUAUGGAAACACGAUGCAGAGUUAUAGGUCUGUAAUCUUUUUAAGGCUAUUUAUACACCUAGAUCGUUGUCGUUUUUCACGGAGAUGAAAUUAUAUGAAUUGUAAUCGGUAAAUAUAUAUGUAUAGUAAUAGCGUGAAAACACUAUAGAAAUUAUGAGCAGUUUACUCUCGUAGUACAUACGUAUGAUUACAUUAUUAUUAGUAAUGAUAUUAACAAUAUUUUUAUUUCUACUUUCAUUUCUAUCAAUAUUAUUAUUAUUAUUAUCAUUAUGUUCAUCAUUAGAUAGUGUCAGAUGCUGAUGAAUGAGAAGAAAUUAUUUAAUCAAUUGAUUACAAUUCCGUUGGUAUUACGAAGCCUCCUACUCACUGUGUGAUAUUAUUUAACUACAAUAAUGGAAUAAAUAAUAAUUGAUACAACCAUUUCAAUCACA